GUGGCAGCAAUGAAAAUGCAAAGAAAUGUGAAAAUCAAAAGAAAAGCAGCAAGUAAUUUCUUUGCUGGCUUUUAGUGCGAAUAAAAUUGGUGUCUAUAAAAGAAUAGAGCGCGCCUUACGGUGGCAUCAGUGUGUUUUGAAGACUGCCAGAAGCCGCUUCAGUCGGUUAAUCAGUUACAAAAGGUAAAAACAAAGCGACUAACGUUACAUAUAGUGUACUCAAACGCGACCAAAAGUCAAUAGCCGUUUUGGUUGAAUUGCUCUCGGUGCGAUUGUGUGUGUGUGUGUGUGCAUGAUAAACAAGGAUACUGGGAAAAGUGUAAUAAAAAGUGCUUGAAAUAACAAAAUAGUGGCGACAAACUAAAAAUUGUGCUCAACAAAAGAAUAAACCACAAAAAUUCAAAUAAAUAAUUUAACAGUACUGAAAGCCAGUGGCCAAAAUGUUGUUCAAAAAGACUUUUAUACCGGCGAAACUAAAAAAUCCCGCCAUAUGCUGGAAUUACGUGUUCGCGCUAUGUGUUUGCCAGAUUUGGCAUACCUGCAACGCCGGCACAGAAAAUCUUACCAACUUUCCUUACACACAGCAAGGAUCUGCAGCAGCAAUAUCAGUCGUGUCUGCAAGUAAAUCUUCUGCAGCCGCAUCCUCACCAACCUUGUCAGCAACUUCUGCCGCGCCCUUGAGCUCCACAAAUGCCGGCACACGCACAGUUUUACGCAUCUACGAUGAGUGCAGUCAUUCGAUUGGCGGUUUCGCGCCAUGCCUGAAAAAAAAGGCGAUCUCUUUUAUCGACCGCAUAUCGCACAUUGACGCGAUCACCGUGGCAGAUGGCAUUAAAUUGGUGCGUUUGCCGAAUAGUGCUGUAGCCGAAGCUCCGGUGCCACUUCAACCGCUCUAUAGUGAGAACGAGUUAGAACCAUCUUUAUCGCGCUCCAGCGAUGAUCGCGAUACAAAAUUGACAAAUAUGCUUAUUGAAAGAUUGAGCUAUUUCUUCAACGGACAUACACUGCAAGUUAAUUUUCCAAAAUUGACUGCUGAAGAAAUAGGACGUGGUCUUGAAGAAGGUCGUGGCAAGAUGAAGAAAAUGAUGAGCAUGAUGAUGAUGGGCAUGGCCAUGAAAAUGAUCGGUAUGCUGCCGGUUGCGAUGGGUAUGCUUUACAUGAUGGCCGGCAAGGCUCUAAUUGUCUCCAAGAUUGCCCUAUUGCUGGCGGGCAUGAUGGGUAUAAAGAAACUAAUGUCAGGGCGAGGCGGCGGAUCGGGUGGCGGUGCGGGUUGGUCAUCUGGUGGCGGCGGUGGUGGCGGCUGGUCUUCCGGCGGUGGCGGUGGUUAUGAUCGACGCUCUCUAAAUGAGGCGCACGAAUUGGCUUAUCGAGGUUUUACUAAUAGGCAGCCAUCUGGCAUGUAUUCGAAGCAGAAUUCAGCACAACAACAACCAAAACAGCACGAACAGCAGCAGCAACAGCACAAACAUCAGCAGCAACCGUUAUCGCUGCAACAGCAGCAGCAGCAAGUGCAAAAGUCAUAAACAGUAGCUAGCAGCAGUAGUAGUGGUGGAAGUGAUGGUACUUAGAGAAGAACUUAACGACACCAAGAACAACCAAUAACUGUUAUAAAAUCGAAGUGCAAUACUUUAAUGCAAAGAUAUACAUGUUUAUAUGGUAACUUUUGCAUGAACACACGCGCAAAAGCAUGAAAAUUAAUACACUCACCAUUCAUCAUCUCAUAGAUGAUGUGUAGCUUCUUAACACAAAUCAACAGCGGCAACAUAAGAACCGCCAAAUUGGCAACAAAGAUAAAAAUACACAUUUGUUGUUCAGCAUUUUGUAAUUAGAAUUUCUUUUACUGUCUCAUUUCUUCAUCUCUUUUUAUAUUUCGACUUCCCAAUCCUCUUCUAGCUUUAAUAAGCCUAGCUAAAGGCGCCAAUUUCCACAUUUUACGCUAGUUUUAUAAGUUCGCCAACAUACAGAGUUAAGUAAAUAUUUUCUAUAUAAUUUUUGUUGCCUUUUGCUAUAAUGUAAACUCCAGUUAUUAUUGUAGACUUUUUGCCACGCACAGCAAUCAAGUCAUCGCUUUUCUUUUAUUAGCUAAAGUCUAUUUGUUUUCCUUCUUCUUCUGCUACCUCCAUUAGCUGUGAACUAUGGUGAACUCGCUAUAUUGCUUUUCCAUCUUCUUCAGCGCUUUUUACCCCUCAAUUGUACUUACUCUAUGGAGCUUUUUGUUACAGUUAUUUUUCAAUUACCGGUAGUGCUUAAAUUUUCUAUAAUUCUGGGCGUACUUCCGUAUUCACACAUACUUGUAGAAUUGCCUUCCAGCGCAUGCGCACAUGUGUGUUAGCUCUAAUAUCCUCAUUUCCGAGAACUUUGGCAUGCCACUUUUCAUUGAUUUCAUAUAGAAAUCAUUAGACACCAAUUGAAUUCUUAACAAAAAUGCAGUGCAAAUCAAAUGAAAUGGAUGACUUAUUUUACUUUUUCAUUAUGCUUAUUGAAUCUCUUACUUUUAAUAACUUAUUUAUUUAUUAUUACUUUGUAGUUUUUAAGCCUAAUAUUUGUUUAAGUUUUUCUAGUGCUAUGCAUUCAGAAAAUAAAAAUUCAAAAAACAUACAAAAACACAAUUAAAAAAUUAUAUUUUAUUUAUAAUAUAGUACGUAAAAUCCAAUUGUUUACUACAUUUUUAUACAUAGUUAUAUUAAAUAAAUUGCAAUUUAACGUAAA